AUGAGCAAUUUAAGACCAGAGUUAAGAUUUAGAGAUUUCCUUCAGGUUCUCAAAAAUGAGAAUGAUUUAGUAGAGAUUACCCACGAGUGCGAUCCAAACUUAGAGGUGGGUGCUAUUAUGAGAAAGGUCUACGAAGAAAAAUUGCCAGUACCUUUAUUCAAAAACUUGAAGAAGGAUCCUAAAAAUCCAGACCCUAGUAAUUUGUUCAAUAUUGUCGGCUGUCUUGGUGGUUUAAGAGAUGCAAAAAAAGACAAUGAUCAUGCUAGAAUUGCUCUUCAUUUGGGGUUGGAUUCACAAACUCCUAUGACGAAGAUUAUUGACUACUUGAUAGAAGCCAAUACCAAGAAGCCACUUCCACCAGUCUUGCUUGAAGAUGCAUCGGGAGCACCAUGCAAAAAAAACAAGAUUUCUGGAGAUGUUAUUAGGUUGAACGCAUUACCUGCACCUACGUUGCAUCAUGGGGAUGGUGGGAAGUAUAUUCAGACUUACGGAAUGUUUGUGUUACAAACAGCAGACAAGACCUGGACAAAUUGGUCAAUUGCCAGAGGAAUGAUUUAUGAUGAUAAGCAUUUAACUGGUUUGGUUAUGAAUCCGCAGCAUAUUAGAAGGGUUGCAGACACAUGGGCUGAAAUUGGUAUGGGUGAUAGCGUCCCAUUUGCAUUAUGUUUCGGUGUACCACCAGCAUCAAUUUUAGUGAGUUCUAUGCCUAUUCCAGAUGGUGCUACAGAAGCUGACUAUAUUGGUGCUUUAGUCGGUGAACCUUUAAGUGUUGUUAAGUGUGAGACCAAUGAUUUACACGUUCCUGCCGAUUCUGAAAUGGUUUUCGAAGGUACCUUGAAUUUGAAUAAGAUGGUUGAAGAAGGUCCAUUUGGUGAAAUGCAUGGUUACUGUUUCCCUGGACAUGGUCACCCUUGUCCAUUAUAUACUGUUGAUACUAUAACGUACAGAGAUGAUGCUAUAUUACCAGUUUCAAACCCAGGUUUAUGUACUGAUGAGACACAUACAUUAAUCGGUGGAUUAGUCAGUGCCGAAUGCAAGCAAAUGGCCUUAGAACAUCCAAAAUUAAAAAGUGUUAUUAUGGAAGCAUUUACUCCACAUGAGGGUGUGGCCUUAUGGCUCGCUCUUAAAGUGAAUACCAAAGAACUCGCUAAAUUGAAUACUAAUAGUGAAGAUUUCUGUAAACUUAUUGGUGACUAUUAUUAUAGUUCAAAACCUGGCUUCAUACUUCAAGAAAUUGUCUUAGUUGGAGAUGAUGUCGAUAUUUUCGACUUCAGAAAAUUAUUUUGGGCUUAUGCUACGAGACAUACGCCAGGUGAUGACCAAUAUAUGUUCAAUGACUACCGUGCUUUCCCAUUGGCGCCAUUCAUCGGCCAAGGACCAAGAAUUAAAACCUUAAAGGGCGGAAAUUGUGUUACAGACUGCUUGUUUCCUAAACAGUACGAACCUGAAGGUGUUGAUUUCGUUACUUGUGAUUUUGACGGCUAUGAUGAAGCCAUAAAGGAAAAGGUAAGAAAAAACUGGUCUGCGUACGGAUAUAAAUAG